AUGUCUCUCCUCACACACGGUGGCAGAAUCGUGCCCAUACUUGCGGGCCAACAGGCUGCCCAGCACCAAUAUCCCAACGCGACCUCAGAGUCAGUUUCAAUAGAUACAAUCACACCUUCUCAUUCCCAUGAUGUCUCUUUGCUUUUGGGUAAAGAAGAUAUCCUCGCCGGGCGUCAACAGAAAGCCAUGGAUCUCAAGAGCUUAGAGAUGCCCUCUCUGCAGGAACGCGGUCUAGUGGCACUGCCCACAGAAGGAGAUGGAAACUGCCUCUACUACUCCCUCUCAGACCAAUUGUAUGCCACGUUCGACCAUGCAAACGAAAUCCGACAGAUGCUCGCAGCCCACAUAGCCAACAACAAGUCUUACUUCAUGCAAUUUGUCGCUGCCCAUGGUGGUGAACGUCGCCGUCCCAAACGCUCUACCACCUCUGCAUAUGCUACGCGUUCUGCUGAUGUAUCCGGCCCCUCCGAAGCGGAUAUGGAACGGCGGUUCGACGAAAUGGUGUCUUCCACCCGCAAGAACGGCGAAUGGGGUAGCUCCGAGCACCUCCAAGCUUUCUGCCAAGUCUUCAAGGUCGACAUCAAAGUUUACACAAUGGAUGGGGUUCAGACGUUUCGGGAUGUUCAUGCCCUGCAUGGUGAACAUCGGGAAGUUGUUCACGUCGCCUUUCAUGAUUUCAAACACUACUCUUCAGUACGACGCGUAAAUACUUGCCACACAGGACUUCUUUCCAAAUCAAUAUGCCUGGAGCCCCAGCCCCUAUCUGUUCCGCAUGGUGAUGGCGAUCCAAACAAAGAGCCUCAUCCAAAUACUUCCACAGCUCAAUCCGUGGUUCCUGACAUGAACCACAACAACACAUUUCUUCCAAACGCCGCUCGACCCACAAACACACUCUCUCCAUCCUCUUCCUUCUCCUCCACAUCCUCCAACGACACACAACCAACAUCACAUGACUCUCUACCCGCAAAUGACACCGGCCUGGCUGUCGACGUCUACCCUCCUUGGGACAUUCAAUCCAUUCAAGAUGGCCUCGGGGGUCGAUAUCCCCGUGAAACCAUCGUGGACAUGCUCCAAAAAUGCCGCGGCGACAUCGACCGAGCAUUUGCCGCUCUCCUAGAAGAUCAACCUGACCCCGAGAGAAAGGUCAUCCCAGUCCCCUCGCUCAAACCGAGUGUUCAGGCGUCCCGCUCAUCCUCGCCCUUCAGCACAGGCAGCAAGCGUUCUGCCGACGACAGUGAAGAUUCCGAGGACCCACGUCCAGCUAUUCGACGAGGGAGGCCGAGGAAACGUCUCGUCUCUAAUCUGACGCUGGGAAUAUCAAUCCGAGGCGACCAAAAUGAGGUCGUCUCACUGAAUCUGCGGAUGAAAGCAGAUGCCGAAAAAGCCGCACAGGCCGAGAAGGCAAAGUCCGACGACGAUUCCCAAUCAGACGCAGGGUCCACAAAAGCUCCCCGUCGAAGCGGUCGUCUCUCAAAGUCUCGUUCAGCUUAA